GCGGGGAAAAGACGUUUAAAGCGGAGGUUCGAUGUAAUUGACGAAGGGAAAUCCGGAUUCCAGGGCAAAUUCCUAUGGGGCGGGCAAGGAGAGCGGCAUUGCUAUAAGUUCGGUUCAUCAAUGUCGGUAUCUCAGUCACAGAUUGAUGUUGUCCUCAAAAUACCCCUUAGUUUAGCCAUUCUAAGUAGAACCCUUCUUACGAUAUGUCAGAUAGAGCAGAAUCAGUCACGUAAUAGCCCCCAGCCCUUUCCUUACGAUGAUUCAUGCCUUGCUCGUGUCAAUAAAUGGGCGAAAGCCCGAUGCAGCAACUUGCCAGGGGUUGUGCUUUGCUACUUGCUGAGGUUUCCAUCUAUUGUAUUUAUCUACAUGGGAAUGAAUUCGUCUGUCAAACCUGCCAUUUGUAUGCACCCGAACAUGUUCAAUCGACCUUCGGCGUAA